AUGUCAUCGAAAGACACCCUUCCUCUGUUCCUCCGCGAUCUCAAAGACUCUGGACAGUACAGUGACCUCAAGAUUGAGUGUGAAGGAGAAGCUUUCCAUGUGCACAAAGCCAUCGUCUGUUCCCAGUCUGAGAUCCUAUCUCAUAAAUACAAAGAUGCGUCUGAGGGUGCUCCUGAGGCAGUCAUUCAGAUCGAGGGAUAUGAUACAGCGACAGUGAAACUGAUGAUUGAGUUCCUAUACUUCGGAGAUUAUGCGAUUCCUGAUAAAGAGAGUGAGCUAAGCAUCUCGGCAAACGCUUCAAAGAAGCCCACUACAGCGGAAAGACUGCGCCCCCAUAUCUACGUCUACUAUAUUGCGGACGAAUACCAAUUGCCAUACCUGAAAGAAAAGGCAGCAAAUCACAUAGAGUCCGCGACUAAAAUGGCUUGGAAUCCGAAAGGAUUCGUCGAGUUCGUCAAGGAAGUGUUCGAAAAAGCUGAUACAACGAUACGUCAAAAGCUAUCUAAACUUAUUAGUGAACAUAUUGACGACUUUUGCCAGACCGAAGUGCUGGAGAAGCUCAUCGAUGACGAUCUGAGCAGAUGCGUGAUCAUGGCCAUGAAGGCAAGAACAGUGGAGAGUUUGAAAGCACAGGUCGAGGUGCUGCAGAAGAAGAUAAGUAAUAUGAAGGCUGGUGUAGAGCAAGGCCACAAUCUGCUUCAUGACACAACGACUUGCCGCCAUUGCGCAUACGGAAUUAUUGUCGCUAACGUGUAG